AUGACGAUGGAAGCUACCAUCCCCAAGCACCACCCCGAGCCAACGGCAGAAGCCCACGAAGAUGAUGAUGCUUCGUUUGAGAUGACCAGUCGGAGCGUCGACGACAAGUUUUCCAUUCCGGGGCACAUUUCGGUGUCUUCUGGUAUGACCGGAGUGGAGAGUCUGGAGCCGGAAGACGAAGUGCGGAAUGUGGAGAACUUGACCAAGGGCGAUACGCGUCUCAUUCAGUUCUGGCGGUUCGUGGUGGUGGCGUGCAUGGCACUUGCCGGUGUGGCCGUCUCGGUGGGCGCCUACACGUACAUUUCCGAGUUGGAGAAACAGGACGGUCAAAAUGCCUUUAUCCUCUUUUCCAAUACCAUUACCGACAUUUCCAAG